AUGCUGGUCGCCGUCGCUGCGGACACCACGCCCCUCGUCUGCUCCCGUGCGCUCGCCCGCAUCACCCCAUGCUGGCCGCUUCCAGCCCCGCGACCACGCGCCAUUGUGACCCUGCUGUCGUUCCUUGCGGCGCCCGCUUCCCCGCUCCUGCUCGGCGACUGCGCCCCUCCGCCCCUCCCGCAGCGCGUCACCGCUCGCGACUCCUGCCGCAGCCCCGCGACGCCGCCAACAGCUGUCGCCCCCCUCCAGCUGGCCAUGCCCCUACAGCCGAGCCCUGGCCGCGCUUGCGCGCGCCACCGCGCCGGCCUGCGCCCUCCUGGCCUCGCGUCUGCCUCGCCGUGCGAGCACGCGCCGUCCGCGCCACGUUGCGCCCUGCUACCGCUCGCCGCGCCGUUCCGCCGCCGCAUCGCCGUGCGGCCCCGCACCGGCCCGGCCGCAUCACCACCUUCAGCCGACGCUGCGCCGCCUUGCUCCGAUCCGCCGCCAUAG